AUGUCAUCAAUCCCAACUCCCAUCGAAAUUUGUCAAUUUGCUCUCGAAUCUUUCCAUGCGAUCCCAUAUCUAAAUCAACCGUGGUGGGCUAGUAUCAUGGUGUUCACCGUACUAGUACGUGCUGGCACUACUUUGCCAUUAGCUAGACUGCAGUACACGAGGACAAGGCGACUCGCUGGUAUACAGCCCAUACUUGCUGCUUGGAAGGAGGCUCUUACCAUGAGGGAAAAGAUCAAACGUGAUGCUGGUGGUAGUGGUGCUGAUUACGGUGUUGUUUCUCAAGCGGUUACAACUGAGCUACGUCAAAAAGCGUCUGAACUAUACAAACAACACAACUGCCACCCAAUAAAAACAUUCCUCUUGCCAUGGAUUCAAAUACCAGUCUUCAUUACAAUGUCAUUGACAUUAAGGUCCAUGUCUGCAUAUCCACUACCAUUCAUGACUACAAGCGAAGCACCAAUACCGGGGUUUAAAGCUGGUGGUGAAUUGUGGUUUACGGAUUUGACUCUACCUGAUCCAACUUGGAUUUUGCCUGUUUGUUUGGGGUUGCUGCAUAAUACCAAUCUUAAGCUUCAAGCAGAGCGCUUUCCUAACGCUGUUAACUUUCAACGAUUUAAUACUGCACUGCGAGUGCUCAUGUUGGUGUUGGUUCCAUUAAUGGCACAAGCUCCUUCGGCCGUGACAUUGUAUUGGGUUGCAUCUGCAGCGUUCAGUCUCAUCCAAAACACAUAUUUAAGACAUGAUGCACCUCGUAUUGAAGAAUCUAAAUAA